UUAAUGCAAGGGAAACUUGCAGACAUGUAUACUAAACUGAAUGCAUCUAGAUCAUUUGUAUAUUCAGUUGCUAAAGCUUGUGAUCUUGGCCAUGUUUCUAAUAAGGAUUGUGCCGCAGCUAUAUUAUUUUCUUCCGAACGAGCCGUGGAAGUUGCAUUGGAGUCUAUUCAAUGCUUGGGAGGUAAUGGGUACAUAAAUGAAUAUGACACUGGUCGGAUAUUAAGAGAUGCAAAAUUAUAUGAAAUUGGCGCCGGAACAAAUGAAAUCCGAAGAAUGGUGAUUGCAAGGGAACUUACCAAGGAAUUUGGUGGUUGA